CCCUUGUCCUCCUCAUUCGUAACAAUACAGUUUCAGAAUCGACCUGCCACAGAGAGAGAGAGAGAGAGAGAGAGAGAGACAGAGAGGGAAGAGAGAGAGAGAUCAUCAUGUGGGCAAUCGACAUGAAGAAGAAGAAGAGGAGGAAGAAAGCAACGACAAUAAUGACGAGGAGAACGAUGGUGGAAUCAACAAAGACCAGCAUCCCCACCAUUUUCACUGCAUUCUUCUUCGUCGUCUUCUUUUUCAUCAUCUCUUCCUGUAAUGCAGCCUCUUUCUCUCCCGCAGAUAGCUACCUUUUAGCCUGCGGGUCUCCCAACAAUGUGAAACUCGACGAUGGUAGGUCCUUCCGUUCAGAUCCACAGUCAUCUUCUUUUCUUUCCACCCCAGAAGACAUCAUAGCGUCUUGGCCCUCCUCCACCAUUUCCUUUCUGUCCAACAGCGGCGGCGACAAUGCCACCAAUGGCACCAUUGCCGUCUAUCCGUCCUCCUCAGCUUAUCCUCUGUACAUGACGGCGAGGAUUUUCAGAGAAGAAUCCAUCUACAGCUUUUACAUCUCUCAGCCCGGUCGCUAUUGGGUCAGGUUGUACCUCUACCCCCUGCCCAACUCCUACUACAAUCUCACCAAGGCAGACUUCACCGUCGCCACCGACUACUUCGUCCUUCUGCACAGCUUCACCCCUCAAGACAAUGUUACCACCGUCUUCAAGGAGUAUCUGAUCAACAUCACCUCCGACCGCUUCUCCCUUAAGUUCACCCCAUCCAGGAACUCCUUCGCGUUCAUCAACGCCAUUGAGGUUGUCUCAGCUCCCAGCAGCCUCAUUCCUGAUGCUGGUGCCUCCACCAUCGAGCCGGUCGGCGAUUUUCAGGGGUUAUCGGCGUACGCUCUCCAGGUGGUGCACCGCCUCAACGUCGGAGGGCCGCUCAUCAACUCCAGGAACGACACCCUGGGCAGGACCUGGUUGCCUGACCGUCCCUUCCUGCUGCUGCAAUCUGCCGCCCGCAAUGCCUCCGUCUCCCCUAGCAUCAUUACGUAUGCGCAGGGCGUCUCCCCACUGAUCGCGCCCAAUUUGGUGUAUGCGACGGCGGAGCAGAUGGCCGACUCCGGUGUCGCCGAACGAGACUUCAACAUCACUUGGCGCUUCGAUGAGUUGGACACAUCCUUCCCCUACCUUGUCAGACUCCAUUUCUGCGACAUCGUCAGCAAGACCCUGAAUGACCUCUACUUCAAUGUCUACGUGAAUGGGAAGAUGGCCAUCUCCGGGCUGGACCUCUCCACCUUGACCUCUGCGUUAGCCGUCCCGUACUACAAGGAUGUAGUGCUCAAUGCCUCAUCAGGGUCCAGCAUCAUGGUCCAGGUUGGGCCGAUGAGCAGCGGAGUCGGGCCUGGAGGUUCGGUCAAUGCAAUCCUCAAUGGGCUUGAGAUCAUGAAGAUGAACAACGGAGCCGGCAGCCUCGAUGGGUUGUUCGGCGUCGACGGUCAGGAGGCAGGCGGGGGUUCCUCCAUGGGCAUGUGGCGGGUGGUGUCGGUGACCUUGGGCCUGGGCAUGGCGGUGGCUGCCUUGGUGGGGUUGGGCGCCAUGGUGACGAGGUGGCACAGGAGACCCCAAGACUGGGAGAAGAGGAACAGCUUCUCUUCAUGGCUGCUGCCCCUGCACGCCGGCCAAUCGAGCUGCAGCUUCAUGACCAGCAAGGGCUCCCACUUCGGCUCCCACAAGAGCGGCUACGCCAACUUCUACUCCUCCACUUUGGGGCUCGGCCGCUACUUCACGCUGGCGGAGCUGCAAGAGGCCACGCGCAACUUCGACGACAAGGUCGUAAUUGGAGUGGGGGGAUUCGGCAAGGUCUAUCUGGGCGACUUAGACGACGGCACCAAGGUCGCCAUCAAAAGGGGAAGCUCCACGUCCGAGCAAGGGAUUAAUGAGUUUCAGACGGAGAUCCAGAUGCUGUCCAAGCUCCGGCACCGCCACUUGGUUUCCCUCAUAGGCUACUGCGACGAGCAGUCGGAGAUGAUUCUCGUGUACGAGUAUAUGGCCAACGGCCCCCUGAGAGACCACCUCUACGGCUCCACCCCCUCCGCGCCGCCAUCGAAGCUCAUGCCCCUGUCUUGGAAACAGAGGCUGGAGAUCUGCAUCGGCGCCGCCAGGGGACUGCACUACCUGCACACCGGCGCGGCGCAGGGGAUCAUUCAUCGGGAUGUGAAGACCACCAACAUCCUGCUGGAUGAGAAUCUGGUGGCCAAGGUCUCAGACUUCGGGCUGUCCAAGGCAGCUCCUUCCUUAGAGCAGACCCAUGUCAGCACAGCAGUGAAGGGCAGCUUCGGCUACUUGGAUCCUGAGUAUUUCAGGCGGCAACAGUUGACGGAGAAGUCGGACGUCUAUUCAUUUGGAGUGGUGCUCUUCGAGGUGCUCUGUGCUCGCCCUGCCAUCAAUCCGGCGUUGCCGAGGGAGCAAGUGAACUUGGCAGAAUGGGCCAUGCAGUGGCACAGGAAGGGCCUGCUGGAGAAGGUCAUCGACUCCCAUUUGGUUGGCACCAUAAACCCUGCAUCCCUGAAGAAGUAUGCUGAAGCUGCUGAGAAGUGCCUGUUAGAGUAUGGUGUUGACAGACCUUCCAUGGGAGACGUGCUCUGGAACUUGGAGUACGCCCUGCAGCUUCAAGAGGCCUCCUCUAGUGCGCAGAAUUCAUCGCCGGAUGAUAACAGUGCCAUGCUUAUAAUGGAACGCCAAAUGACAGACAGAAACCCCAACAGCCAUAACCAGAAUGCUGCCACUGCUGUUCAUGUACUGAGUACGAUUGAUGAAGAUUCAGGAGCAGUCUCUGGAACGCCUUUGUUUGCUCAGGAAUGCGAAGGCAGGUAGCAGAUGCAUGAGCAAGGGGCACAUAUGGAAAGAUUUUAUGUGAUGUUAUUUUCACUGUCAAUCCUGCAUGCAAAAGAAAGUAGAAAUCAAUUCUGCUUCUGAAUCGAUCUAUUAAUGGCCAUCACUGCUUCUUGAUGGGAUUAAGUGGGAAUAUCAUCAAAAGUUCAGGAAUAGUGGAAUCAGAUCACGUGCUUACUUCCUGUGAAUCAGUUUCAAAGUUGUAUUGAUCAUAAAAUUCAUUACCUCCAUCAGUAUUAUUACCUAUUUUACCUA